CCAUUGGAACAGUUUAAUUACAGUUUCGUUUAAUUGUUCUACUAUUCGUACAUGUUAAUUGUCUCGAUUGAUUAGUUGGUUAGUUGAUUCAAUUGUUUGUUUUCUUUUUUUUCCAGAAAAAAAUAUUUACCAGGAUAUAGACAAAGAGUAAGCUGAUUACUCGCUUGUUUACCUAACAUGUUACAACGUUUAAUCUAUUCUUCUGUUAAAACUCUCCGUGGUCUGGUUGGUAUUCAUUCAUCACAUAGUUUAACCUCUACUGUUUUUGGUAAUCAAAUGGAGGUGAAAAUUUUAUCCGCUCUUUCCGACAAUUAUAUGUACCUGAUUAUCGACAAGGAGACUAAUAAAGCGGCCAUUGUUGAUCCAGUUGAACCUGAGAAGGUUUUGAAAACGGUCAGUGAUUCGGGUGUUCAAUUGACAACCGUAUUAACUACACACCAUCACUGGGAUCAUGCCGGUGGUAAUGUUGAUUUAGUUUCCAAGGCUUCAGGUUUAACCGUUUGUGGUUAUGAUGAAAGGAUUGGUGGUUUAACUAACAAAGUUAAUCAUGGUGAUUCAUUUACAAUUGGAAAAUUGCUGGUUAAUUGUCUUUAUACUCCUUGUCACACCAGUGGGCACAUUUGUUAUCAUGUUGUUCCGCCUUCAGGUGAAUCCGAUGGAGCUGUUUUUACAGGUGAUACUCUUUUCCUUGCUGGUUGUGGGAAAUUUUUUGAAGGAACAGCUGAUCAAAUGUAUGAAGCUCUAAUCAAGAAACUUGGUUCAUUACCAGAUUCAACUAAAGUAUAUUGUGGCCAUGAAUAUACUGUAUCUAAUUUGGUUUUUGCGAAAAACGUUGAACCUUCAAACCAAGAUAUUGAAAAUAAACUAAAUUGGUCGAGAGAAAGAAGAUCAAAUUGUGAAACAACCAUUCCAUCAACGAUUGGAGAGGAAAAGUUAAUCAACCCUUUUAUGCGAGUUAAUCAAUCAUCUGUCCAACAAUUUGCCAAACUUACAGAUCCAAUCAAAGUAAUGGCCGCUUUAAGAGAAGCCAAAAAUAAUUUCAAAUCAUCGUCACUUUAAUAACACCACAAAGAAAUUACAGUUUAAUCCAGUUACAUUUAUUAGUUACAACUAAUUUGAUGUAAUAUUUUUAAUAGUAAAUCAUAAAAAUUGAUUGAUUUUGAUUUUCUAUCACCAGUAAA